UAUGCCAGACUGUCUGUGAUGCUGGAGAAAUCUUUGUGUCUGUCUGUCCAUCCCUUCCUCUGUCCCUAGAUCCUAGUGCUUCUAUCUCUCCAUCCCCCUACACACCCCUCAGUCCCUGUCUCUCUCUCUCCCACCCCGUACAAACCCCUUUCUCUCUCCAUUCACCCCCUCAUCUUCAUACACCCCUAGGGUGACCGGACAGCAAAUAUGAAAAAUCAGGACAGAGUGUGGGGGGUAAUAGGUUCCCAUAUAAGAAAAAGCCCCAAAUAUUGGGACUGUCUCUAUAAAAUUGGGACAUCUGGUCACCCUACAGACCCCUCUCUGUGUGUCUCUCUCUCUCUAGCUCCAUACAUCUCAUUCUCAGUCCCCCACAAACCCCUUCUCUCAUACACCCCUCUCUAUCCCCAUAUAAAUCUCUUUCUUUCUCUUUCUACCUCUCUCCAUCCCUAGAUCUUAUUAUGCUAGGCUAUCUAUAUAUCCUAUCCCAACGCCUCUGACUUGGAAAAUGCAGUUCAUUUGACCCUGAAUCAGUAAAGGAAGGAUUUCCAAUUCUCGAACUUCCUGUGAUCUCCUGGAUGGAGCAGGAGGAAGAGCUGUGCAUCCUGGAUCUCCAGGGCUCUGAGGAAAGGGAGAUCCAGAGAGACACACCCACAGGUGACAGGGUGGCAAGUGAGGAUGAGGUGAAUCCUCAGCAGGAAGCGGAGCCAUGUGGGACGGUCUCGGGGCUUGUUCCAGCCUGCCAGAACCAGGGUGGACCAGGGAGGCUGCGUGUGAACCCUCCGAAGAUGAGGCGUCGUCGGUCUGCCCACCGGGAGAGGGGAUUCAUCAACCUGCUGGGCAUCCUGGAGCCCCGGCGCCCGGCAGAUAAGCCCUACCGGUGCACAGAGUGCGAGAAGAGUUUCAGCCAGAGCUCAAAUCUCAUCGAGCACCAGCGGAUCCACACGGGCGAGCGCCCCUUCACCUGCAGUGAGUGCGAGAAGAGCUUCAGCCGCAGCUCCACCCUCAUCGAGCACCAGCGCACGCACACGGGCGAGAAGCCCUACACCUGCCCCGAGUGCCAGCGCAGCUUCAGCCGCAGCUCCACCCUGACCGAGCACCAGCGCACCCACACCGGGGAGACCCCUUUCCAUUGCCCCGAGUGCGGCAAGAGCUUCAGCCGCACCUCCAACCUGGUGAAGCAUCUGCGCACCCACACGGGCGAGAAACCCUACGGCUGCAGGGAGUGCGGCAAGCGCUUCAGCCUCAGCUCCAACCUCAUCAAGCACGAGCGCACCCACACCGGGGAGAAGCCCUUUGCCUGCGGGGAGUGCAGCAAGCGCUUCAAGAAGAAGACCCACCUGGUAUCCCACCACCGCACCCACACCGGGGAGCGGCCCUAUGAGUGCACGGUGUGCGGCAAGCGCUUCAGCCAGAGCUCCACCCUCAUCGAGCACCAGCGCAUCCACACCGGCGAGAAGCCUUUCCGCUGCCCUGACUGCGGGAAGUGCUUCUGCGUCAGCUCCAACCUCAUCAAGCACCAGCGAAUCCACACCGGGGAGAAGCCCUACGGCUGCAGCGCCUGUGGGAAGAGCUUCCGCUACAAGCCCCAGUUCACCCAGCACAUGCGGAUCCACACGGGCGAGCGCCCCUUCGUCUGCGGCCAGUGUGGCAAGCGCUUCAGCCAGAGCUCCACCCUGCUGGGCCACCAGCGCACCCACACGGGCGAGAAGCCUUUCACCUGCCCCGAGUGCCAGCGCAGCUUCAGCCGCAGCUCUGCCUUGACCGAGCACCAGCGCACCCACACCGGAGAGACCCCAUUCCAUUGCCCCGAGUGCGGCAAGAGCUUCAGCCGCACCUCCAACCUGGUGAAGCAUCUGCGCACCCACACGGGCGAGAAACCCUACGGCUGCAGGGAGUGCGGCAAGCGCUUCAGCCUCAGCUCCAACCUCAUCAAGCACGAGCGCACCCACACCGGGGAGAAGCCCUUUGCCUGCGGGGAGUGCAGCAAGCGCUUCAAGAAGAAGACCCACCUGGUGUCCCACCACCGCACCCACACUGGGGAGCGGCCCUAUGAGUGCACAGUGUGCGGCAAGCGCUUCAGCCAGAGCUCCACCCUCAUCGAGCACCAGCGCAUCCACACCGGCGAGAAGCCUUUCCGCUGCCCCGACUGUGGGCGCGGCUUCUACGUCAACUCCAAGCUGGUCAAACACCGGCGCAUCCACACCGGGGAGAAGCCCUACAGCUGCAGUGCCUGUGGGAAGAGCUUCCGCUACAAGCAGCAGUUCACCCGCCACCAGCAGCUGCACCAGGGGGAGGAGACGGUGGCUGUCCUGACUCUCGGUAGGGUCAAUGUCCUCCUAACUUAGAGUACGGGAAUUCCUUGGGCCUCCUGUCUUGGAGUACGGGAAUUCCUUGUCCAGAUUUCCUGCAGCUCCGGGAGUGGGGUCUAGUGCCGGGGAGGGGGGGCGGGGAGGCUGAGAGUCCGGAGUGAUAGGUUCAAUCCCUGGCUCUGGAAGGAGUGUGGAAUUUAGUGGUUACAGCAGGUGGAGGCUGGAGUCCUGGGUUCUCUUCCUGGAUCUGGGAGGGGGUUGAGGUCUGGGGGUGGAGCAGGUGGGCUGGCAGUCAGGACUCCUGGGUUCUACCUAGAGUUCUUGGGUGGGGGGUCUAGUGGGUUAGUGCAAGGCGGGGCCAAGAGUGACCACUAAUGAGUUCCGUUCCCAGCUGUGAUUGAGUAUUUGGGAAUUUGGCGGGGGAAGGAGGUUGGGAGUAGCUGAAAACUGAUGUUACGGUGAGCCUUGGUUUAAGCUACCAGGACAUCACCAGAGCUAACCUCCAGAUUAGUGGUUCAAAUCUAGCUGAGGCAAGAUGCUCCCAGUCUGAGAGAUACUAAUUCAGUGUGUUGGAACCCUACCCACACCCUGCCCUGGGAUUCCCCUCCCAUCUAGGGCAUAGUGGUCACACACCUGUUCAUGACUCCCCUGAUGGGGUCAGAGCUCACACUAGAUAAAAAAUCACUUAAUACAGUCGAGAACCCUUCCUAUAGCGACUAACAGACUGUAGACUCUCAACAGUUCCAAAGGCAGUGUUCUUGGUCUCUUGGCUGUGUUAUAUCGGUUUGUAGGCGCUAGUUUUGUGUUUGUGUGUAUUGGUAAAAUACCAACCCUGCACUGAUAGUGUGCUGAGGUUGAGAUGUAUAAGUAGUUGCAGGAAGGUUGAGGGGGAAUUAAAGUCUAAACUUCCCACCUCAGUAUUAACCUCAUUGCAUCAAGUCAUUGUAACAGGGUCCAUCCAUUGCAGCAGAAGAGAGGAGGAGUCUAAGGGCUUAUCUGCAUUGGCAAAUUGACUGGAGUAGCUCCCUGUAUGGGUUCUCUGUUCUGAGAGAAGAGGUAUUUGAUUCUAGAAUAAGGGCAUGGCUACUCUUGCAGAUAUAGAGCACUUUGAAUUAAACUAGCCUUCGGAGAGUGCAAUAAGGAAAGCGCUGCAGUCUGUCCACACUGACAGCUGCCAGUGCACUGGCGUGGCCACAUUUGUGGCACUUGCAAUGGCAUUGGGAGCGGUGCAUUAUGGGCAGCUAUCCCAGCAUGCAAGUGACUGCAACGUGCUUUUCAAAUGAUGGGGCUGGAGCGGAGUGUGACAGUGAGUGUGUAUGUGGGGGGAGAGAGAGUGGGGUUUUGGGGGGCUGAGAGCAUGUCAGCAUGCUGUCUUGUAAGUUCAGACAGCAGCAGACUCCCCUUUCCCCCCGCCCCUCUCACACACAGCAUUCCACAGUAAUGGUUGCUUUGUCUCAGAGUAGAUAAGCAGCCGGCUGUCAGAAACGGAGCUUUGAAAGAGCAUAUCCGCAUUCCUGCAGUGAUUCUAAGACAAUGACAAGAGUGGCCACUUGAUUUAAGGGGAUUAUGGGAUGUUUCCGGAGGCCGAUCAGAGCACA